AUGUUUAAAGAGUCUUCACGAAAACGCGUAACAAACAGCGCCGAGUCUACUCCAGAAAUACAACGUACGGUUUUAGAAACCAUUUUUUAACGUUUAUUUGGCAGUUUUGUAUUUUGAGACGUAUUGCAUAAUUGUAUUUUCUUACAUUUUUACGUGUACCGUGCAUAAUUGUCUUGCCGGCUUGAGAGAAAAUUGAAAACGGGCCGGGCCUAAACGUUGGGCCCCGGGUCUGGGCCGGGCCUAAAAAGUGGGCCCGGCCCUUUUCUCACCCCUACGGGCCGGGACCGACCCGAUCCUCAUGUCUUGGCUACCGUGAAGCGAUCCUUUUUUAAUCUAUUAUUUGUAUGUUUUUGAGGUGUAUUAUAUCCUUCUUAAAUUUUUAUUAUGCUCUUUUGUGAAAGCCGCGACAGUUUUGUUUCACCUUAAUAUAUUCUGCAAAUUGCGGUAGGAUGGGCGCACUUUGCCAGGAAUAUCAUUUUUUUGCUAAUUUUCUUGAUUUCGUUGUAUAAAUUUAUAUGGCUGUAUCUUCGUCAGCUUUGUCGAGCGCCUAAAAAUUCUUUUUGGUUUUUCCGGGUUAUUAGGGUUUUUGAAAAAAUUUCCAGUCGGUUUUUGACUUGUUUAGUAAACUAUAAGUUUACCCAAAUUUUUUGUAGCGAUUAUGGUUUAUCUUAUUCAAUUGUCUGUUUUUUAACCGUUUCGCGACUUUCUGAAUAUAACACAUCAUUAACUCAAAAGUGUACAAUGCACAUUUAGGGCGACGAAAAGGCCGAAGGCUUUUGCGGUUUCUCAAUUUUUCUGUGUUAAAGCUACUGUUCAAGAAUCAGGUGUUAUGCCCAAGUAAACAGUUUCUUCGGCAUCAACGUUUAUGUGCUGGAGGAAUGCUUUUUCAAUAUAAUACACUAGUUGUGCAUGGUGAGUUUUCUUACUAUUUGUCAUUUUUAAAUGAUUAUUAAAUUUUAAUCUUUUUUAGUUUAUUGAACAAAAUUUUAAGUAUGGACAAAGUAAUAUGAAGUAUUAGAAUUUCGUACUUAGGAUGUUUUUGAACUUUGUUUCAGUUAUUCGUGUGAAGGACCUGAAAACGAAAAAUGGAAAAGGUUUGGGCGCUUACUGUUCAUUGAAUUUGGUCGGACAUAGCAAAUUGCGGGCGAAAGUUGAAACAAAUGCGAAUCGACUUGAAAACGGAGUUUGCGAUUGGGACGAGCAUGUAGAAUUGUAAGUUUAGUUGCUAAAAAAAUAAAAUUAAUUUCUUUUAAUUGGGAGGUAAAAGUUGAGAGGAUUUUUGAAAAUACGCAAAAAAAAAUCUAACGAAAAAUUUGUUUUGGUCUUUCUUUACUUUUAAAUUAUAUUUAAUAAAUUUCUAAAAAUAAAAUCAUUAGAUGCGUUUUAGUUCUAUCAAUGAAGCAUUUACGGAACUGCAACUUAACGUCAAAUGUAGGACAAAACUUGGAAUUUCAGACACACUGGCUACAAAAUCUUUACGGCUUGCGGAAAUGCAAAAAUCCCAAUCUAUUAAAUGGUUCGAUCUGUACAAGAAAGGAAAAGAAGGUGUAUUAAAAGGCCAGCUACUAAUGUCCUAUGAGUUUUCAAACCAGUACAGUUCGUCCGUUUCGCAGUUUUCAUUGAAUAUGAUUGAAAAAGGCAUGUUUACAAUUUGACACAUUUUGGUUUAUGUUACUUAAAAAUAGGAAUUUUCAUGAUUUAACUACAGAAGAGUUGACUACAAUAAAAAGAAGUAUAAUGUUCUUCAAAUUAUAAUAUACUAAUAUUUGAAGAAAUACAUUACUGUCGACUUAUUAAAAAAGUCUCACGGAGAAAUUAGGGAUAUUUUCAGAAAGCAAGAUGGACAAGUUAAAACGACACAUUCCGUUUAGUAACAAGAAAAAAGCACAGCUUGAUCGUGCAUCUUUGGCGUCCUAUGCAAUGUCUCGUCGCUCAUCCGUUUGCUCUAAUACCUCGGCCAUCGCAUUUUCGCCGGUACCGUCACCUAAUGUACAAUCUGAAAGUGAAGUACGUUUUGCGGUUUUGUAUGGUUGAAUUUGCGGUAAUAAUACAGUAUCGGUUGACAGGGAAAGAAAAAUUAAUCAAAAUAUUUUAGUAAAAAUCGGAAAACUAUGGUUUUGCUAACAAUAGAAUAAUGAAUUUGCAGUUCACGCGUUAUACAAAAUUUUACCUUUUAGUUUCGCGUUCAUUCGAAUCCCGGUUUGCACUCUCCGUUAAAAGAAGAACCUUUGCAAAACGGUGAUCCAGCACGGAGUUCCUUACAAAACAACACUACGUUAAAUACCGCAAGGUGUGACUCAAUCAGCCAAUGUUCGGUAAAUAUGGCCGAAGAAAAUUCUAACUUAGACAAAGUAAAGAAGAACUUUACAGCUAAAGUAAGAUUUCUAGUUUCGCUUUGUUUCUUUUGCCCAGUUUAUAUGAGUUCGUAAGUUUAAAUUGUAAUUAAAUCACUGUCGACGUUCAUAAUUUCGUUUCUGAAUUAGUUAGUUGUUUUAUAUUUGGUAUAUUGUGGUAAAACGAACUUCACAAUAAGUCGCGUUUUUAGAUUCGUCAGAAAGCUGACAAAUUGCUGAAUGGCGGCCCAAAUCGUCAGUCGAUGCUUUCUAUUGACGAAGCUUUGCUUGACAUGCCCACAUCCAAACUCCAUUCUCGCGCCCAGUCAAUCGCGUCGUCAUCUGGCUUUGCUUCAAAUGGCGGAGGCGGCAUUCUGGAUGGUCUGAAUGACAACACUUCAAAUGAACAUUUGCUCAAUGUCAUCAAACAAUUGCGGAAAGAGCUUGAGCUGAAAGAAAACCGGAUUCGCGAUCUGGAAGAUUACACCGGUAAAUUGCUUUCGCGAAUCAUGGAUGUAAACCCUGACCUUUUGCACAUCCAAUAG